UUUCCACUGAAGGGGGAGAUUCUUUGUAGAAGUGAACACAUAGGCAAUUGAUAAGUUGUGAAGGCACCGGGGGAAGAAAAAAAAGCUCGCUUUUAUAAUAACGAUUCCAACAGUUGAUUUGCGUCGGUACAUGCUUCAUUGCUGCGAAAGUGGUUGAGUUGUUCGGCGUGUUGUCUACGCCAGGUGUUGGUGUUAGUGGGAGGAAAAUGCAAUCUUUUUCAUGGAGGUAGGAACACAUUGCGCUGAUGCGGACGCCUCUGUAAACGGUCUUUUGAAAUUGCAUUCACUUUAAACCCAACGUAAAGCAUUAUUUUGUUGAUUUGGCACAGCAAACUGCUAGUUGUCAAUGUGAGUGUGCCCUUGUAAACAACAGUCGGAUUGUGUAGGCGACGAUAUGUUUUGUUUUCAGGAAGAUUGCAACAUUGUACUUAGCUUCUAGAGCUAGCUGUUAUGACAACAGUUAAACUAGUUACUUAGGUUCAAAUGAAUAAAUGCAGAAUAAAGACCCUUGCCGUGGCCAUUGACAUGAUGUAGGUCUAGUCAUGUAACUGUUAACACGUUUCAGCUUUUAGUCCAUUCCUUUGGGUUGUGUAACCAGUCAGUUCAGAUUUUCAAGUCUGUGUAAUGUGAUCCGUCCCUGUCAGGUAUGUGAAAAAAACAUGUACAAGUCAAGGCAUUUAUGGGUCCAGGCCGAUAUCCUAGUCUCAAAUCAUACAAGUGUGUAUUCUAACCAUUUACAACAAUUAGGCUAACUGUUGCAGGGUACCUACUGUAUAUAAAAGCAACAAGGCCCUCUUUGCAAUUGUGUAACAUUCUAAGAUGAACCAUGCGAUAAGUACAUGAAAUCCCGGCAACUGUGGCACGAUUAGGCCUACUGUCCCUUCAUGGAGCCUAAAUGUGGCAAUUUUUCAGUCCUGCCCUGAUGUGAAUGGCUUCAGCCUGCAGGUUGGUUGGUAGAAGUGCAGAGAGGACUGCAUUCCUGCAUGUAAUGAGCUGCUUGUUCACAGCCCAGGUUGCACUGAGAGAAGCUGCAGUGGCCUGGCUGGCUGGCUUGGGGUAGAGGCGGCACACAAAGAGCCUCUGUCUGUCAAGCAGAGAAGGAGCCAGGCAGGCUGGGAACACACCUUUCACAGGCCUGAUUAGGUUACUGGAGUAUUUCAAUCCAUCACUCUAAAACCAUGUGGGAAAAACAUGCUGCUGACAGAGUUCUUCAAUGGCUAUGACUGAUUUAUUAUGGUUAAAUCAGUCCACUACAUAACUUACCUGCCAUGUCUCUGGUACUAAUACUAGUAUUUGUGUGUGUGCGUGCGCUGAAGGCUUUGGCCUGGCCUGGCGCUGAUCCUCCUCCCGUCUACGCUGGCGGUGGACAAAGAGUUGUCGCUGCUGCAGGACUGGAACGACGUGUGGCUGUUCCGCUUCUUCCUCAACGUGCUGGGCUACGCCACCAUCAUCAUUCCCGGCUACUUCCUCGUCACCUACUUGAAGAGGAUCAACUACCUCGAAACAGGUGUGGAUGAUCUACAAACUGGUGAUUACACACAUGCUGCACUUAUAUGCUGGCAUGCACGCAGACCCACACACACACAAAUAGGACUACACUUUUUCUCCACAUGACUAACACCUACCCAUCUAUCCGAUAUGAGUUAGUGUGUCCUUCAAGUUGCAAUUCAGACUUUCUCUCUGUUAACAUAACAUGAUCAGUAUGUUGAAUUUGAUGGAUCAGUGAAUGGUUGAUGUGUUCCGGAUCUUGUUUAUUCCCCUCCUCCCAGGCCGAGGCAUUUGCUAUCCUGUCAUAAAGGCCUGUGUGUUUGGAAGUGAAUCGAAGACUGGUCUCCUAGACGACGCAUCCCUAGCUCCCAGAAAUGACGUGGACUCGGGCUCGUCGGCCAGACAAGCCUUCAAGUUAGUCUUUUGUGCUGCAGGACUUCAGGUAGAGCACUUUGUGACGUGUAGUUCAAAGGGCUAUAUACAGUGCCUUCAGAAAGUAUUCAAACCCCUUGACUUAUUCCACAUUUGGUUGCGUUACAGCUUGAAUUCAAAAUUGAUUAAAUUGAUUUUUUUCUCACCCAUCUACAUACAUUACCCAAUAAUGAAAAAGUAAAACAUGCUAAUUUAUUGAAAAUUAAAUACGAAAAUCUAAUUUACAUAAGUAUUCACACCCCUGAGUCAGUACUUUGUAGAAGCACCCUUGGCAGCGAUUACAGCUGUGACUCUUUCUGGGUAAGUCACUUUACUUUAUUUAGUUUAUUUUUUACAGGGACAGUGCACAUUAAUCAGCCUUUCAGUAAAAGUGCCGGUUUCAGCCGGCCGGCUAAUUUUCAACCGUAGUCCCUGGGCAGGUUAUUAAAAACUAUUACAAUAACAAUACAGACAGACAAUGAGCAGUGAGCACAUGCAGAGCAACAUAGGACAAGCAACACGUAGCACGCAGACAGACAUAGGACAAGCAACACGUAGCACGCAGACAGACAAACAUAGGACAAGCAACACGUAGCACGCAGACAGACAGAGAAACAUAGGACAAGCAACACGUAGCACGCAGACAGACAGAGAAACAUAGGACAAGCAACACGUAGCACGCAGACAGACAGAGAAACAUAGGACAAGCAACACGUAGCACGCAGACAGAGAAACAUAGGACAAGCAGCACGCAGACAGACAGACAGACAGACAUAGGACAAGCAGCACGCAGACAGACAGAGAAACAUAGGACAAGCAGCACGCAGACAGACAGAGAAACAUAGGACAAGCAACACGUAGCACGCAGACAGACAGAGAAACAUAGGACAAGCAACACGUAGCACGCAGACAAACCACAAAACAAAAUACAUAAAAGCAACAAACAGUGUUUCUACACCUCACAAGCUACAGAACACAGAUAACAUGGAAAGCAGCAAUACACAGCUAGGGAUUAUGUUCACAAGUCUGAUUGGCCUUUAGCCAUGUCUUUGUUUUUUUGUGAAGUGCGAUAGGUGGUGCAGUUAUGUGUGUCUGAUGGCAGUGUCUUCCAGACAUGGGAAGCUCUCAUAGAGAAAGCAGUUUGACUAAAGGUGCUAUUCCUUAAGGGAACUAUACAAUCACCUCUCAUGGCAGGGGGGGAGCUAGACCAUUUAGGAUCUUGAAUACAAGACAUGCGUCGGUGUAUUGCACAAGAUUUUCCCAGCUCAGGAACUCAUGCUUUCUGAAGAUGUAAUAGUGAUGAUGUCUAUCAAGCACUCUGAGAGCCUGUUUGUGGACUGAUUGAAUGGGUUUUAAUGUUGUACAGCAAGCUUGGGCCCAACUAGUCAAGCAGUAUGUUAAGUGGGGGAGUAUCUUAGCAUUGAAGUACAGUUUUGCUGCCUUUGUAGUCAAACAAUUUCAUAUGUAUCGGAAAGUAGCUAGGUUGAAUUUGGUUAUUUGAUUUCCCUUUUUCACCUGCUUUUUGAAAGAAUGGUUGGAAUCAAGUAUGAUGCCAAGGUAUUUAAAAUGGGAUACCACCUGGCGCGUCUCCUCUGACACAUAGACAUCUGCCUCAGUAGCAUCAGUUGCCCUCUUUGUAAAGAACAUGCAGACUGUUUUUUUCACAUUGAGAUGCAAACAUGAGUCACUGAGUCACUUUGUAACAUGGACCAUCGCCGUAGUGAAUUAUUGUGCAGCUUGUUUUCUCUUUGCAUGCACAUAAAUCACUGUAUCAUCUGCAUACAUUUGUAUUUCAGAUCCAGUACAGACAUAAAGUAGAUCAUUAAUGUACAAGUUGAACAGGAGGUGCCCCAGUAUUGACCCUUGGGGCAUGCCCACAUCAUAGCUGAGGGUGGGUGACAUCUCAUUGCUCACUCUGACACACUGGGUUCUGCCUUCAAAGUAUGAUUUCAUCCAUCUCAAGGCAUCGAGGUGGUAAAGUUGAACCUAGACAGUUUUGGGAUGAGAACCUCAUGGUUAACAGUAUCAAAGGUUUUCCUUAGGUCUAGAAACACAGCCCCAACAAUGCCCCCUUUGUCCAUCUUGGACUUCACAAUUUCCAGAAGAAAGCAGUUGGCCGUUUAUGUGGAGUGGUUUGCUCUGAAGCCCAAACUGCAUGGAGUGUAAUGUGAAGGGGCUGUUGUUGAGUUGGGCAAUCAGUUGCUCUGCUAGACACUUUUCAGCACCACAGGUAGUAUACUAAUGGGUCACCUGAUUUAAAGAUGGACGUUAUUAUGGCCGACCUCCAGACCCUUGGAAACACCCCCUGACCAAUAGAUGUAUUGGUGACCUUAGUAAUGGGGCCAGUGAGUGACACUUUUUUUUUUUUUUUUUUUUUUUUUUAAGAAAGGUAGAGUCCAGCCCAAACACAUCUUUGUCUUUAGAGAGCUAAUCACCUUGUUCACCUCUGACUCAGAAACCUCCCUUAUGGUGAAGACAAGACAGGUUGAGUUAUUCACUGGCGCUGAACCCUUAGGUAUUCUGAGCUGAUCAGGCUUUCUAACAGUAGAGAGGUUAAACCUGUUAUUAGAAAGCUUUCUGGCUAUGAGUGUCACAUUAUGGUAAGACAGCCCAGUAACCAUAUAGAAUGAUUUAGUCACGCUUUCUGGUAUAUUACUGAACACCAGAUCAAUAUGUGUUUUAGAAGAACACCACGCCGACAGUAGAUUGUCAUCCCAGCAAGGACACACUGAGAUGAUCAGUAGAGCAUCUACAUACAUAGCUGACAAUUGUGGCAAUGCACUGGAGAUAAAACUCAUAAUUGCACUUUAAAUCUUUGCGAGAGUUACUUAGCUGGGGUCGGUGUAUACCUGAUCUUUUAGAUAAAAUAACAGAAUCUGGAGGAGAAGCGGCACCUGCCGCACCGCCCUCCCUUCGAUCCGCCAGCUUUAAGAACUUUGCACACCUGGAUUGUACAGUAUUCUUUUAAAAAUUCUUCAAGCUCUUUCAAGUUGGUUGUUGAUCAUUACUAGACAGCCAUUUUCAAGUCUUGCCAUAGGUUUUCAUGACGAUUUUAAGUCCAAAUUGAAACUAGGCCACUCAGGAACAUUCAAUGUUGUCUUUGUAAGCAACUCCAGUGUAUAUUUUGCUCUGUGUUAUUGUCCUGCUGAAAGGUGAAUUUGUCGCAAAGUGUCUGUUGGAAAGCAGACUGACCCAGAUUUUCCUCUAGGAUUCUGCCUGUGCUUAGCUCUAUUCUGUUUAUUUUUAUCCUGCAAAACUCCCUAGUCCUUGCCGAUGACAAGCAUACCCAUAACAUUUUAAAUUUUUAGUCAUUUAGCAGAUGCUCUUAUCCAGAGCGACUUACAGUGGGGGAAAAAAAGUAUUUAGUCAGCCACCAAUUGUGCAAGAUCUCCCACUUAAAAAGAUGAGAGAGGCCUGUAAUUUUCAUCAUAGGUACACGUCAACUAUGACAGACAAAAUGAGAUUUUUUUUUUCCAGAAAAUCACAUUUUUGGAUUUUUAAUGAAUUUAUUUGCAAAUUAUGGUGGAAAAUAAGUAUUUGGUCAAUAACAAAAGUUUCUCAAUACUUUGUUAUAUACCCUUUGUUGGCAAUGACACAGGUCAAACGUUUUCUGUAAGUCUUCACAAGGUUUUCACACACUGUUGCUGGUAUUUUGGCCCAUUCCUCCAUGCAGAUCUCCUCUAGAGCAGUGAUGUUUUGGGGCUGUCGCUGGGCAACACGGACUUUCAACUCCCUCCAAAGAUUUUCUAUGGGGUUGAGAUCUGGAGACUGGCUAGGCCACUCCAGGACCUUGAAAUGCUUCUUACGAAGCCACUCCUUCGUUGCCCGGGCGGUGUGUUUGGGAUCAUUGUCAUGCUGAAAGACCCAGCCACGUUUCAUCUUCAAUGCCCUUGCUGAUGGAAGGAGGUUUUCACUCAAAAUCUCACGAUACAUGGCCCCAUUCAUUCUUUCCUUUACACGGAUCAGUCGUCCUGGUCCCUUUGCAGAAAAACAGCCCCAAAGCAUGAUGUUUCCACCCCCAUGCUUCACAGUAGGUAUGGUGUUCUUUGGAUGCAACUCAGCAUUCUUUGACCUCCAAACACGAUGAGUUGAAUUUUUACCAAAAAGUUAUAUUUUGGUUUCAUCUGACCAUAUGACAUUCUCCCAAUCCUCUUCUGGAUCAUCCAAAUGCACUCUAGCAAACUUCAGACGGGCCUGGACAUGUACUGGCUUAAGCAGGGGGACACGUCUAGCACUGCAGGAUUUGAGUCCCUGGCGGCGUAGUGUGUUACUGAUGGUAGGCUUUGUUACUUUGGUCCCAGCUCUCUGCAGGUCAUUCACUAGGUCCCCCCGUGUGGUUCUGGGAUUUUUGCUCACCGUUCUUGUGAUCAUUUUGACCCCACGGGGUGAGAUCUUGCGUGGAGCCCCAGAUCGAGGGAGAUUAUCAGUGGUCUUGUAUGUCUUCCAUUUCCUAAUAAUUGCUCCCACAGUUGAUUUCUUCAAACCAAGCUGCUUACCUAUUGCAGAUUCAGUCUUCCCAGCCUGGUGCAGGUCUACAAUUUUGUUUCUGGUGUCCUUUGACAGCUCUUUGGUCUUGGCCAUAGUGGAGUUUGGAGUGUGACUGUUUGAGGUUGUGGACAGGUGUCUUUUAUACUGAUAACAAGUUCAAACAGGUGCCAUUAAUACAGGUAAUGAGUGGAGGACAGAGGAGCCUCUUAAAGAAGAAGUUACAGGUCUGUGAGAGCCAGAAAUCUUGCUUGUUUGUAGGUGACCAAAUACUUAUUUUCCACCAUAAUUUGCAAAUAAAUUCAUUAAAAAUCCUACAAUGUGAUUUUCUGGAUUUUUUUUUCUGAAUUUGUCUGUCAUAGUUGACGCGUACCUAUGACGAAAAUUACAGGCCUCUCUCAUCUUUUUAAGUGGGAGAACUUGCACAAUUGGUGGCUGACUAAAUACUUUUUUUCCCCACUGUACAUUUUCAUACCACCACCAUGCUUGAAAAUAUAAAGUGGUACUCUGUGACGUGUUGUGUUGGAUUUGCCUCAAACAUAACGCUAUGUAUUCAGGACAAAAAGUUAAUUUCUUUGCCACAUUUUUUGCAGUUUUACUUUAGUGCAUUAUUGCAAACAGGAUGCAUGUUUUGAAAUAUUUUUUAUUCUGUACAGCCUUCCUUUUCACUCUGUCAUUUAGGUUAGGAUUGUGGAGUAACUACAAUGAUCUUGAUCCAUCCUUAGUUUUCUCCUAUCACAACCAUUUAAUUCUGUAACUGUUUUAAAGUCACCAUUGGCCUCAUGGUAAAAUCCCUGAGCGGUUUCCUUCCUCUCUGGCAACUGAGUUAGGAAGGAUGCCUGUAUAUUUGUAGUGACUGGGUGUAUUGAUACACCAUCCAACAUGUAAUUAAUAACUUCACCAUGUUCAAAGGGAUAUUCAAUGUCUGUUUUUUUAGUUUUUUUUACCCAUCUACCAAUAGGUGCCCUUCUUUGCGAGGUAUUGGAAAACCUCCCUGGUCUUUGUGGUUGAAUCUGUGUUUGAAAUUCACUGCUCGACUGAGGGACCUUACAAUUAUCUGUAUGUGUGGGGUACAGAGAUGAGGUAGUCAUUCAAAAAUCAUGUUGAACACUAUUUUUGCACAACUUAUUAUGUGACUUGAUAAGCAAAUGUUUACUCUUUAACUUAUUUAGGCAUGUCAUAACAAAGGGGUUGAAUACUUAUUGACGCAAGACAUUUCAGCUUUUCAUUUUUUAUUAAUUUGCAAACAUUUCUUGUGAUGCUGUGAGGAAAAGGGUUUAUGUUUAUUAAAAUGUUUAUUUUUAAUUCACAAUCUGUAGAAGCAAUGAGAAUAGAAAGGUUCAGAACUUUUGUAAAACAUCACAGUACGGUUGAAAUAUAUAUGGCAAAUAGAAAUCCUAUAUGGAUGGUGUUAAGAGAUAGAUGGGAGGUAUUGAAUAGAGUUGAAGGAUGGGACUAAUAACAAAUAACAACAAAUAAUAACAAAGAUAGCUAAUAAUGUAAGCAUACUGUGUCCAUAAUAAGUAUAUAGGUUGUAUGUUGGGAGCUUUUGGGAAAGAGCACAGUUAGAAAGAUAUGGCAUAUAGAAGCAAACCGGAUGGACAUCAUGAAAAUGAUCGGAGAGGUUGAGAGUAGAAGAAGUUCAGGAGCAAAAAAAAAAAAUAUAUAUAUAUAUAUAUAUAAUAGAAUUAUUGUAAAAUUAACUCUGUCCAUAAGGUGUAGAUAGUAAGUAUAGACCGGAAGUAGAGGCCUGGGCAUUGUUCACUAAUUUACUCCAAGUAGGGAAAGGAUGGUGGGGUUGAAAAGUAAUAAAGGGGAGUAUAUAUAAAAACAUGGGGGAUUGGAAGUGAUGCAGACAAUUACAUUGAUAGAAGAUACAAUCUAUCUGCAAUAUUAAGCUGAUCCAUUCCCCCCAAAAAAUAAAUAAAUAAAUAAAAACAUUUCUAAAAAGAUGAUUCCACUUUGACAUUAUGGGGUAUUGUGUGUAGGCCAAUGACACAAAAUCUCAAUUUAACCACUUUUAAAUUCAGGCUGUAACAACAAAAUGGGGAAAAAGUCAAGGGGUGUAAAUACUUUCUGAAGGCUCUGUAAAUAAAAUGUAUUGAAUUUGAGUGGGUAGAUUCUAUAUCUUUAAACUGCAAUGCAAACAUAUUGACCUAUUCACGUUCAUAUCUAAUGCACUUCAUAUUGUUUAGUCUCCUUCUCUGUUAUCCUGUUGUCUCUCCAGGCAUCCUACCUGACAUGGGGUGUCCUACAGGAGAGGGUGAUGACGCGCUCGUACGGGGCUUCCACCCCCGAGGAGGAGGGCGAGCGCUUCAAGGACUCCCAGUUCCUGGUGUUCAUGAACCGUAUCCUGGCGCUGACCGUGUCAGGCCUGUGGUGUGUCCUGUUCAAGCAGCCCCGCCACGGCGCACCCAUGUACAAGUACUCGUUCGCCUCGCUCUCCAACGUCCUCAGCAGCUGGUGCCAGUACGAGGCCCUCAAGUACAUCAGCUUCCCCACCCAGGUGCUGGCCAAGGCCUCUAAAGUGAUCCCCGUCAUGCUCAUGGGAAAGAUUGUGUCGCACAAGAGCUACGAGUACUGGGAGUACCUGACGGCGGCGCUCAUCUCGCUGGGCGUCGGCAUGUUCUUGCUGACGAGCGCGACCGAUAAGCACCCGUCUACGGUCACGACGUUCAGCGGCGUGGUCAUCUUGGGUGGCUACAUUGUCUUCGACAGCUUCACGUCCAACUGGCAGGACAACCUGUUCAAGCACAAGAUGUCGUCUGUGCAGAUGAUGUUCGGCGUCAACCUCUUCUCCUGCCUCUUCACCAUGGGCUCGCUGCUGGAGCAGGGCGCCUUCUUCGACUCGCUGGCCUUCAUGAUGCGCCACUCAGAGUUCGCCUUCCACACCAUGCUGCUGUCGGUGUGCUCGGCGUGUGGCCAGCUCUUCAUCUUCUACACCAUCGCGCAGUUCGGCGCCGCCAUCUUCACCAUCAUCAUGACCCUGCGGCAGGCCAUCGCCAUCCUGCUCUCCUGCUUCCUGUACGGCCACGCCGUCACCAAGGUGGGGGGCUUUGGCAUGGCCGUGGUCUUCCUCGCUCUCUUCAUGCGCGUCUACGCCCGCAGCCGCAUGAAGGCGGGACGCAAGGCGCCACAGCCACAGGUGCAGAAGGUCUAGGAGGAGGAGUUGGAGGGAACUGGAAAAUGAACUGAAGCCACGUUUUGGUGGUGCUUUUUCUCGUCUGUCUGUGUGUCCAGUUUGACAUUUUAUGGGUUUCUACUUUGUAUAGGAAAGGUACAGAAAGGGAUUCUAAUGCCGUCGUCACAGAGGUCAACGGGAGUUAUUAGACUAAACCAAUCAGCAGUCACAGGCGUUUAAAUUACACAGCAACCGUCGCUUGUCCGUUUUGUAUCUGAAACCCAGCUCAAAAGCAUACAACAUUGGCAUUUGAAAUGUAAACAACUGAUAAAAUGGCUGACGCCUUUGAUUUCUGCCUCCGUGAUAUGCUUCUGGAGCAGCGCUCAGAAAACAUACAUUUGACAUUUGCGGUAUAGUUUUGCCGUAAGCGCUAGUACAUGAACUCUGUACUGCAAGACUCCAGCUAUUGGUAAUGUAACAUUGCGAAUGGCACCAUAUUAAGUGGCUUAUAAGGCCUCUGAAAAGUGACUUUGACAGUGAGAGAACAUGAGAUAGUGGUGAGCAGGCCCCAAGGUCCCAUUUAUGGAUCAUCUCUGUGUAGAUACUGUACCAAUUUUGUUUAAAAACGAUGUAAUUAUUGCAUUGUUCUACUUUUUGGACAUGGCAUGAGAGAAAUGUUCGGUGAUCGUUACUAGCCAAUGAUCCGGUAAUUCUGCUUGAGAGUAUUUUAUUUGUUCUGUAUAAAGAAGCUGGUAUGUUUGAGGGCGCUUCACUUUGGGCAGUAUUCUGACUUGAGAUUUACGCACUUAACUUACAUUUUCGCAAGUCUACCAUUGACAUGAAUUAAGGAUUUACGCGAACGUCCGAGCUGUGCAAACCCAUAUCUCAAGUCAAAAUACCGCCCUUUCAGAUAAUAGAAAAAACAGUUCAUACAUCUUUAGUUGACUUGAUGUUUUGUCCCUCAUGGCUUACCAUAGUAUGUCUGAUAAGGAAUGUUACUGAUAGUGUCCCCACAGAGAGAACUAAACCCUUUUCCUCACAGCAUCACAAGAAUAAAUGCACAGCUUACCAGCAAACCAUCAAAAAGGACUUUGCAGCAAUUAAUGUUCUAUUUUAUAUGG